AUGUCGAUCCGGGAGCAUGCCUUGAUGCUGUGGAUCAUAGAAGGCUCCGAUUUCUUGAGGUUUCAUGAAGGUGAUUGCUACAUGCUACACCCUUGUGGUGCCUUUCAGAGGUACAAGGGGGUGCCACCUGACUCCAGCAGAAUCAGUAGUCUACUUUUAGAGCUGGAAGGCAUGUUUCGGCGCUUUCCCGAAGAUUCACCUCGCGACCACGAGCGGCUUCUCCAGGUCAUCAACCAGCAAUGGCAAGAGGCUGGGGAAAAUGAAGAGCUGCUCAAGACGAGGUGCAUCAAGGCUGCAGUAAGCAAUGUGGGGGAAAGCUUAGUGAAGCAGCGGGGUGGAGAUGACGCUGAUAUGGAUGGAGAUGUGAAAAAUUGGCGAGUUUAUGCAGCACGUGUUGUGCUCCAGUUGAAGGUACGGCUUGCGCGGGAACUCACAGAGGAAAAACUUCUGCAUUACAUGGUGGAAUGGUGCGAGACUCCAAAGAGAACCGCAUCCGCAUGCUGCUUCGAACAUUGUUGCGUUGAGUAUUGCGACGAGGGUGUAGCUCGCCAGGUCGCAAGGGCUAACAUCAAGGACGUGUACACCUUCAUUCCACAUAAGCUCAAAGGGGUUGUGCAACCAGACAUUGUCGAAAGGCUGCAGAAGUUCUACCGGCAAAUGUUUUGGUGCAACCUUCCUAUCUUUAAGUGUUGCCAAGCAGCGCAGGCUUUGGCGAAAAGAGGGUACAAUGUCGUGCGGAUCUUCAUUGGCCUCUCUUCUGGAGGAGCGAUGUACGGAGCCAACUUUGCGUACUUCGAUCCGAACAUCGGGUGGAACGAAGACGAGAUGAGAAAGCAGAUUGAGCAGCUGAAUGGUUGCUUUGUGCUGACAGGACAAGAGGCACCGGGCACCAACAAGCGGCUCAGAGAGGAUCUCUAUAAAAAGUUUAUGGGCGCCGAAGGCAUUUCGGGUCGCAAGCCGUACGGCCUUCGACCCUCCUCCUGGGCCGCUGCUUUCUCCUGCCUUCUUGCCCGCCUCACGUUGGUCCGGAUAUGGGCGGGCAGUGGGGUGAGCGAUGCGGAUGUGCGACGCUGGACAGAGGUUGCUACUGUGAGCCAUGAGGUGCAGACGCAAGCAGGCUGGUUGUGGGAAAUCUUGGAGGAAUCGGACGAGGCCUACCGCGCCAAAGUUCUAAAGUUCACGACAGGUGUGCAUCGAAUUGGCUACGUUGGCAUCCAAUCCUUUGAGGCCCGGUGA